AUGGGUGAUGAGGAAGUCCAGGCUCUUGUUGUCGACAAUGGCUCCGGCAUGUGCAAAGCCGGCUUCGCCGGAGACGAUGCCCCUCGCGCCGUCUUCCCCUCCAUCGUUGGUCGCCCGCGUCAUCAGGUGAGCACAUAUCACUGAGUCGUGAUUAACCACAGUGGCAAUUAACUGCAUUUGCGUUCGAUGUUCAGUUCAACAUCCUCUACUUUUGACUCUUAUGUUUAUAGGGCGUCAUGGUGGGCAUGGGCCAGAAGGACAGCUACGUCGGCGACGAAGCUCAGUCCAAACGUGGCAUUCUGACCCUCAAGUACCCCAUCGAACACGGCAUCGUCACCAACUGGGACGACAUGGAGAAGAUCUGGCAUCACACCUUCUACAACGAGCUCCGCGUUGCCCCUGAGGAACACCCUGUCCUCCUCACCGAGGCUCCACUCAACCCCAAGGCCAACCGUGAGAAGAUGACUCAGAUCAUGUUCGAGACCUUCAACACACCCGCCAUGUACGUCGGCAUCCAGGCCGUGCUGUCGCUCUACGCCUCCGGUCGUACCACCGGUAUCGUGCUGGACUCGGGUGAUGGUGUCACUCACAGUGUGCCCAUCUACGAGGGCUAUGCUCUGCCCCACGCCAUCCUCCGUCUGGAUCUGGCCGGUCGUGAUCUCACCGACUACCUCAUGAAGAUCUUGACUGAGCGUGGCUACAGCUUCACGACCACGGCCGAGCGAGAAAUCGUGCGUGACAUCAAGGAGAAGCUCUGCUACGUGGCUCUCGACUUCGAGCAGGAGAUGGCUACUGCCGCCUCCAGCUCCUCCCUCGAGAAGAGCUACGAACUGCCCGAUGGUCAGGUCAUCACUAUCGGCAACGAGCGCUUCCGUUGUCCUGAGUCUCUCUUCCAGCCCAGCUUCCUGGGUAUGGAAUCUGCCGGUAUCCAUGAGUCCACCUUCAACGCCAUCAUGAAGUGCGAUGUGGACAUCCGUAAGGACCUCUAUGCCAACACUGUGCUGUCUGGUGGCACUACGAUGUACCCGGGCAUUGCCGAUCGUAUGCAGAAGGAGAUCACCUCGCUGGCCCCCAGCACCAUGAAGAUCAAGAUUGUGGCUCCUCCGGAGCGCAAGUACUCUGUCUGGAUCGGUGGUUCCAUCCUGGCCUCUCUGUCCACCUUCCAGCAGAUGUGGAUCUCCAAGCAGGAGUACGAUGAGUCUGGCCCCGGCAUCGUCCACCGCAAGUGCUUCUAA